UGUCCCAUUUUUCAAUAAUCGAUGUCAUUUUUGUUUGUUGCCAUGCGCCGUCCGUACGAAACGCUGAACUGUUCCGUCGACGUCCCUGUAGAUACUCAAGCAGCACGCCAGAACCACGUGGUCAAUGAUAGUCGACGUAGGACACACCAGGCUGGCUCUAACUUUGAGCGAAGUAUACGGCGGUGACGUCUUCACCGAGGACCUCGCAUAUGAGGUAGCUGCGACGAACAUGCUUCGCAUGGAGCCCACGUCUGCAGCGUGCUUGGAACAAGUUGCUAAGUGUCGUCCCGAGGGUUCUUCACGACUCUACGCGGAGCUUGAAGGUCGCCUGAAGAUCUUCGACAAGGGCAACCACUCUAUGUUCAAGGGGCUAGAAGACGGCCACAACAGCCUGGGACGAAACCCCAUGUGUGUCCUUCACCGAGCGUUACGCUUCACCACGAGACCCGGGCGCCCAGUUGGAGAGCUCCUGCACUCCGAUGUCAUAUCCGAGGAUAGCGCCAAGAUAGCAUUCUCCCCGCACCUCCAAGGGGGCGACGACGAGGCUGAAGGCAACAUCAUGCACAAGGGCCUCGACGCUGGUGCCGUCGGGUUCCUGUCGGACAGCGACAACGAGGAGGGCGACGACGCCGGGCCGGAUGGGCUCGGCGACCAGGUCGAGGGGAACGAGCAAGAAGGCGACGGCGACGAGUCGGUGUACGGAAGGGGCACAACCGCGAGGGCCAGCAGGAGCAGGUCGACGGCAAUGGUGAAGAAGGGAACGAACAAGUCGACGGCAACGGCGAACAAAGCGGCGACCAGGGCGGCGACCUCGAGUCGGGGCAGGACAAGGAGGCAGUUAGCCGGAAGGCAACAACGUUACCCGUACGGCUGACUAAAUCGUUCAUUCAGUGCUGGGUAGUUUCUCGCCGUGCAUGAUGUCGUAUCCCAGUCCACAGUUUUCUUCACUCUUGUGUGACGAGAUGGUCCUACAGGAGGCGUUUUUUAUCAGUUUACACAGGGGAUCCCCAGGGGGAGCGGUAUGAGACAACACUUUCCUUGUUUAGGUGAAGGCAAAAUGAUGAGUGAAGACUUGUGGGAGGAGAUGCAGGGGCUUUCGUUGGCGAGAUGUGCGUUGAUGAAUAUCCAUCGCAAGCAGAGAGAUACAGAGUACAGACCAAGAUUUGCGCAUGACGAACGCUUUUUUUCAUGCCAAAAGUAACGCAUGUGGGAUAAUCUUGGAAUUGAAUGAGAGGGCGUGGGCGGGGGGCUGCGCGUUGUAAGCGCGUGCGUGUAGCGUGUCACGUACAACACGCGUUCUUUUUGUUCAUUCAGUAAUAUAAGAUGGAUCUAAUAUAAACCUGUCUCCUUAGCGUUUGUGCAAAUUUGCGUAGUG